UCAAAUGCUAUCUGUAUUUCUGAGGCGUCGAUUUAAAUAUGUUUGACUAUAAGCUUAACUGUAAUUGAGUUGGACAGGCGCCUUUCAGCUGAAAACCUGCAUCACCGGGAGAAUCAGCAUGGCCGAACAAAAACUGUUGUUUAUAGAUAUCGAGUCCAAAUCAAACAGCUCCACUCCUGCUCAAGGCAGAGCUGAGAAGCCCCCCUGGACUCACAGUGACAACACCUUCAGAUUCAACUUCUUCCCUGACAACUUUCCUGCACGUCAGGAGAAAACCUCUCCAUCAGACAGGACUGAGCCAACAACAAGUCUAAUACAUUUUACUGGACAGACUUCUGCUUUUGCAUUCAACUUUCAAAUCCCUCCUGUAGAAGACAUGAAGACAGAGACAGAGACCCCAGACACCUCUUCACCAGGCAGCCAACAGUGCAUCCAAGAGGAAAAACUUUCCCCACCGCAGGAGGUUAACCCUCCACCUGAACAGUCAGUGCAGUCCAAAGCAAAGAAAAAGAAGAAGAAACCUGGAAAGACAGAACCCUCAGGUAGCAGUGAGCCACAGCAGCAACCAGCUGAGGGGAGUCAAGGAGAUGAUGUCACAGAGCUGAGUGCAGAAGAGCAGCUGAACAGACAGCUGGACUGGUGCAUUGAGCAGCUGGAGCUGGGAAUGAGGUCCAAGAAGGGCACACCUAAACAGAAGGCAGAGGCAUAUUGUGCACUGAAGACUCUACGUAGUUCCAAAGCUCCUUUGGCUAAGAAAAGGCAGGUGAUGAGAGCCAUGACUGGAGACUACAGGAAAAAAAUGGAAGAAGAGAAGAGCAAGCAGUUCAAACUCAUUCAGAGUGAAAUUGCAUCAGCUCAAGUCAAAGCUGUGUCAGAUUCUCCAAAGAAGUCUGUUUUCCACCGGAGAGCUGAAGUCAAGACCCAGAUCCCAACCACAGAGGAGACCCUUCAGCAAACUGGAACCCAGGUUACAGACCUGACAGCACAGACUCAGGAGGAGACCACAGCAUUUGCCUUCACUCAAUCAGAGGAGUUGUUUCGCUUCAAUUUUCUCUGACAUUAAUGCUGAACAUAAUAUGAUGCACUGUGCCUGAUCUGACCUAGUCUGAUCUGUGUGCUGGUCAUCAAACAACAAAAAUCACACAAAACUUUGGUUGAAGUGGAGAUACUGGGACAAAAGCUGUUAAAAUCACAGUGCUAAUAUCGAAGACCCAAAAGUGAUCACUGCUUGUACCAUAUUUCUGAAAAUAAAUGACUUUGUAUUUUUA